CAUGAAAUUGUGAGACAAGGACUCAAAUUUCAAAUAACUCUACCUAUCUGUUUCUUUUACUACAUGCCUAUUUAAACAGCCUUUCCAAGUAUUCUUAUUCAACAUGGAGAAUAAAUUCAAGCUAAAAAUCUCUCGUAUGUUUCGCUCCACUCUAGACUCUUGCCGAACCACAAGCCUCUCCGACGAUGUCGCAUCGUCGGAGCAGCCAUUUUUCUUUCCCGAAAAUACCCACCACAAUCACCACCUUGUCGAACUCUUCUCCCCGAAACCUCCUCCUCCUCGCUCAUUUCCCUCGCUUUGUAGACCGAAAUCACACGAAAAUCAAACCACAUUGUUCAACGACUUUAACUCGAAACCGAAACACAAAAAACAAAGAAGCAAAUCGAGAAAAAAUAGGAAGAGAAAUAACCGAAAAUUCGAUGAGUUCUUUUGUUCGGUAGCUGCGAAUUAUUAUGGAUUGUAUAGUAGCGACGAGGAUGAAAAAGAAAAUGUCAUGGAUGAUUACGAGACGACAUUUUUCAGCUCAAAGUCGAUGUCAUCUGGCUCGUUAAAAUCUUCGGCAGCUGCUUAUAACAAUGUGGUUGCACUAGAGAAAAUGCGAGAAGAAGAAUAUUUUAAUGACGACGACGACGAUGUUGAGUUGAUGAAGAUUUCUUCACCGUUAAAUGGAAAAGUGAAAGACAGCGUUGCGGUGAUCAAGAGCUCGAGUGAUCCGUACAAUGAUUUCAGGACAUCGAUGGUUGAAAUGAUUGUCGAGAAGCAAAUAUUCGGACCGAAAGAUCUCGAAAAAUUGCUGCAGUGUUUUCUUUCGCUCAACUCUGGUGCUCAUCACAGGGUCAUCGUCGAAGUUUUCACUGAGAUUUUAGAAACUUUGUUUUCUGAUUAAUCUUUUGUUCAGCUCAUGCCUGAAUUGUUGAUCCGUUGUGUUAUAUCUUUAGUGAUUUUAAAUGGUGGUGUAGUUAGGAUGAUCUGACUCUAGUUUGAGAUUGUUGUUAGAGUGUUCUAAGUGUUGAUGAAUGUCAAUGAAUAUCGUGUUUCUUGGUUAUUCCGAUUCGUUGCGUUUAAUUCUAUAUAUUUUUUUUCA